CUGGGAGAGAACAACAAAGCGACAACGAACCCAACAGACUUUGGGGAAUAAAAUAAUUAACGUGGAAAAGGACGGCUUAGCUAAAAAUAGCUAAAGCCCAACUAGUCGAAAAGUCUUUCAACGAGAGCACCAUUUACCUUCCGUUUGGUCCUGCAGGUGAGUGUGUACUGAACCAUGGGGCGGAUCUUCCUGGACCACAUCGGGGGCACACGCCUCUUCUCCUGCGCCAACUGUGACACUAUCCUGACCAACCGCUCAGAACUCAUCUCCACCCGCUUCACCGGAGCCACCGGCCGAGCCUUCCUCUUCAACAAGGCAAGCGACACCUCCGCUGUAACACCAUGACACCAGCCAGAAAACUCCUUUUAUGCAUAAACACUCAAACUAAUAUAUUUUAUUCCAGGCUCACUAUCACUAUACUUAGCUAAGUAUAUCACACAAGUGUACUCACAUUAUUUACACAGCAAGUUACACUACACGUGACACCUAGAAAACCCACUUCCACAAAUGACAGACUUAACACACCUAGCAAACACAUGUUUAUUACCAUGUUAUGACUGUGGAAUAAGCUCUGCAUUAUUAUUAUUCAUUAUCUGUAAGGUGGUGAACCUGCAGUACAGCGAGGUACAGGACCGCGUGAUGCUGACGGGCAGACACAUGGUUCGAGAUGUCAGCUGUAAGAACUGCAACAGCAAGCUGGGCUGGAUCUAUGAGUUUGCCACCGAGGACAGCCAGCGCUACAAGGAGGGCCGCGUCAUCCUGGAGAGAGCACUCGUCAGGGAGAGCGAGGGCUUCGAAGAACAUGUCCCCUCUGACAACUCCUGAGCUGAUGCUCAAAAUACUUGCUCAUCCCCACGCCCCUGCCCUAACCCUCCAUAGCCCCAAGCUCAUUAUUCCAGAGACUGGUCAAUAGUCUUGGCUCCACCCACAGCUUUGACCUAGCUAGGACUUUUUAACCUCUCCUGAUUGGCUGGAGCUCUUGAUGCGUUGUUGGCCUCUCCUAAACCCCUCUCUCUUUCAAAGACCACCUUCUGUCACCUAGAGACAUCGACGGGCCCGCUUUCACAUAGCUAUGGACUCCAUGCACACGUGCACACACAGGAUUUUGAAGGCAACUACACACACUGCAAGGCACAAAGACUCAUAUUUACACACUUGACAUGCUCACAUGCAGGAUUAGUAGAUAUAUUCACUGACUCUGGAUAUUUUGUCAACUUUACAGCUGCAGUCACUAUAACUCCCUCCCAGUGCUGUGUGUACUGUGUAUCCUUAUCCUCUAUCUGGCUGCUGUGCCUGUGCAUGCAUUGUGAGGACCUGCUUGUUGCCAUGCACAUCCCCACAAGUCCCUCCUUCUGUGUGUGAGGAGUGCGAGCAGCCUAUUGGCUCUUAGUAAGUUAGGAACUGAGCAGGGUAGUAUCAUGCCCAAAGACUGGUGGCCUGCUGGGCUGGCCUUCAUAUGAACUGUUGCUGUUCCUCCCAAUCUCUGACAAUUCCCAGCUAGUUGGAAUGAAGGGAUCUGUGUUCUCUGUCAUGCUGUUCUUUGUUUCCAAUCUCUGCCCAGGUUAAUGUUCAAUAGAUAGAAAUAACACAUGAUCAUCAGAAAUUAUUAUAAUUGUAUUAAUGGUUAGUAUCAUUAUUGUAUUUUUAUUCUCAGUGGAGUCAUUGUUUUAAUUGGUUUGCUUUUCAAAUCAAAGUUUAUUAGUCGCGUACACAGAUUUGCAGGUGUUAUAGCAGGUGCAGCAAAAUUCUUAUGUUACUAGCUCCAACAGUGCAGUAGAAUGUCACGUGAAUACAAUACAAAUAAUUGAAAAAAAUUUACCUAGAAAUUACAGAAUGAGUAUAAAAAAAGAUUGCUUUUAUUAUGAUUAUUAUUGUUUUUCUUUAUGUAUUUUUAAAAAACAAGGUCUGAUGUUUUUCUUGCUAUGAGGUAUAAAAAAGAGUAAGAUUGUCUCUUUUUCCAGUUAGCCUGCUUGGGCAAUUUUUCCUCUGUAGUGAUGAUUUCUGAAUAAAGUGUGUAUUCUUGCUAAAAG